AAGCCAACUUAUGUUUAUGGCGGCGAUCCAAAUGUGAAAUGUGCAAGUUGAUAUUCUGUGUUAAAUAUUGAUGUGAUACAAACUAUAACGCAGUGUUAAUAAUGAAGUUUCGUGGAAAAUUGAUUGACAUUGGGUGUAUUCAACACUUUACCCGUGUACUGGGUACUGUGUCGAAGUUGAUCAAAACGUGCGUGUUGAGAAUUUCAUCUGACAAGCUCUAUUUUAUUCUGUCGGAACAGGCUGUGAAUGGCGGCGUACAGAUAUGGUGUGAGUUACCACAGGCCCACUUUUUUGAUGAAUACGCUAUGGAAGGUGUAUCUGCGGAAUUUAACGAAAUAUUUUUGGAGUUCAUUCCCGAAAAUCUGCUCCGAGCGAUGAAAACUGCCCAGAACGCCAAAUGGGUGAAAAUAAAACUGACAAAGAAACACAGUCCUUGUCUGACUGUGGAGGUUGACUUGCCAACGAUUGGUUCACACCAGCGGUGUGUGACCCACGACAUCCCCGUCCAUGUGAUUCCUCGUCGCCACUGGCAGGACUUUGAGGAACCAGAGAUGCCAAAUUUUGAUGUGAGCAUUGCUAUGCCCCAGAUCAAGUUGCUGAAGAAUGUUAUAGACAAGAUGAAAAAUCUAAGCAACUUUAUGGUUCUUUCAGCCAAUCAGAGUGGCGAUAUGAAACUGAUGGUUGAGACUGACAUGGUAUCCGUCAGUACACACUUCCAGGAUCUUCUGAAUCCAACUUGGCGACGAGAUGACAGCGAGUCGCAAACAAUGGCGGAUCGUGAUGAUAAAGCGUUUGCUCACGCACGCAUUGAUCUGCGGAGAUUCUCACAAUUCUUGGCUGGACAGCAGGUCAACCCAACCAGAGUCAUAUGCAAUAUUGUCAGUAACAAGACUGUCCACUUCUAUGUGAUGCAUGAUGACGUAUCACUGCAAUACUUCAUGCCGGUUGUGGCAGCUUAAAUGACAAAGGCAGGAAUAUGACUUUGUCAAUUUGUUGAUGCUCAAGUGAUGCUAACAACCUUACUUCCAAUAAUAUUGAUGAAGAUGUACAUGUAGUGUUGUCCAUUUAAUGAAUGUGAAGUGAAACCAACCGAUGUGAUGCACGAUGACAUAUCUGCAAUACUUCAUGCUGGUUGUGGCAGCUUAAAUGAUGAAGGCAGGAAUAUGACUUUGUCAAUUUGUUGAUGCUCAAGUGAUGCUAACAACCUUACUUCCAAUAAUAUUGAUGCAGAUGUAAAUGUGGCGUAUUCUGUUUAAUGAAUGUCAACUGACACCAACCAUCAUACUUCCAGUAAUAUUGAUGAAGAAGGGAAUCUGGCAUUGUCCAUUUGUAGACUGAGAAUCCUACAUCCAGAAACAUUGAUGAAGAUGUAAAUCUGGCUUCGUCCAUUUGUUGACAGUGAAAUGACGCUAACAAUUCUGAUAGUGGAUGAAGAUGUGAAGUUGGCUUUGUUCAUUUGUUGAUGAUCAAGUAACGCUGACAAUGUUACGUCCAGUAAUAUUGAUGAAGAAGUGAAUUUGCCUUUGUCAGUUUGUUGACGGUCAAGUGACACCAACAGUCUUACUUCCAGUAAUAGCUGAAAUUAUUCUACUCGGUGUUUGAAGUAUAUUUGAGAACGACAUUACCUCUAAAAGGAGGAGAGUUAGGUUUUUCCAGUUGCUUGUAAGCAAUCAUUCUUGGUCUAGGUUCCAUUUAACAAGAUGCAACCUUGUCAAGGGAGCACAUGUAGUUUAAAAAAUUAGUCUUAAAGGAAUUAAAGCAGAGUAUCAUGUAUGAUGUGAAACAUCAGAAUUUUUGCAAAAAUAAGGAGAGUUGAUUUUUUAAAAAGUUGUUAAAACAUUGUAAUAAUGCAUAUGUUGAACAAGAUAUUUUCACUGGUUCCAAGUGACAUAGAUAUCUGUUAGAACUGCAGUUUCAAUUAAGUAUUUAGGUAACAUCUUACACUUGAGGUUUCUGUCCAUAAUGUGCCUCCAUCACCAUAUUUUGAAUUUACAUGUAUGGAAAGAAGAAAUUGUUAUAGUACUCGGUAAAUAACAAGAAAUAAU